AUGGAGAUUGAGGAUCCUUUGAAGAGGAAAGAAACAGAAAAAAUAGAAGAAGCACAACAAAACACAGCGCUAGAUGAAAUUACAUCGGACGACUGCACCGAUUCAUCAUCUGGGUACUUCAAAAACAAACUCAAGCCAUACUGGAGAGGAAGAGUGCACAGGAUAGCCUUCUACACCACUCUCUGUCUCUAUGUCAUUUUGAUGUUUACGCUGUCCAUUAGUAAAAUAUAUUUGUCAAUCUAUUUUGCAUCUCAGCUAAUUUUGUACGGAGUAAGCAGCACGUACCACAUGAGCAAUUGGAAAACCAGAAGAGCAGAAAAGUUUUUCCAAAAGCUGGACCACUCUUCGAUCUUUUUGCUGAUAUCAGGAACACAGACAUGUGUUGUAGUUGCACUGAACGAGCUGUACAAGACAACAGCCACAAACCUACUCAAGUGGCUCCCGGUAACGUAUCUAUUGGCCGUAAUUGGAAUUCUGAAAGUUUUUCUCAUACAAACUGUUCCGCGCUACAUCAAUGUCAUAUACUACAUAGUGCACGGUGUGUCAGUUGCUAUGUUCAUUCCUUCUGUAUACAUAAUAAAGGAAAGGUUUCUAGGGCUUCUCUGUGCGAUGGGUGGCCUUGUCUACAUAGUUGGAGGCGUAGUGUAUGGAGUUAGAAAGCCCGAUCCCUGGCCAUUGAUAUUUGGAUACCACGAAGUGUUCCAUGUUUUAACGGUCGUUGCUAACCUGCUUUUUUUGGCAACUAUAAUAUGGGCGGACUACAAAGUGUUGUACAUCAAGUGA